AUGCCUACCGGAUUGCCUUAUUUGCAGAAACUGCGCAAGCCCCAACUUGCAGAAUGGGCUGAGCUCACUGACCUCCAGGACUAUGAGGACCUCACCAAACCAGACCUCGCUGCCGCUCUAGACAGCCAUCUCCAAGCCAAUGAGUCCAUCUUCAAAACCGACGCGCGUCUGGCCGAUUACUACCGGCGACUGUCCCAAUCCCCGCGCGUGUACUCCCCCACCAAGAGAGCCCCCAAGGUCGAGGCCUCUCCAACGCCGGAUGAAGCUCCUCGAUCUGUGCGCCGCAGGCAGGUGAAGGCCAAGGUGGAGCGCGAGCCUACAGAAGAAUCCGAGCCCCAAACCCCCGGACAGGUAGUGGGCGUGCAGCCGCCAACGAUGUCAUCGCUGGUGUCGGAGCUACCGCCCUCGCCGGCCGUGGUUACCGACGUGAUUGAUCGCCAGACAGCCGCGUGGGGCAAGUCCGUUAGCGAACUGUGGUCGGAAACGGGUGUGCACGAGCGUACCGAGUCGCUCCGCUCCAACCUUAGCAGCGUCAAGGCCUUUGGCACGUUGAUAUUAUCGGUCGAAGCCCUUAACGUGUUGCGGGCUGUUGUGCCCUGGAAUUACGUGGGCACUGUUCCUAUGCCCCCGUGGACGCAUCUCUCGGACUUGAAGAUUGCCAUUCCGGACAUUUUCAUUCUAGUCGAAGGGCAUUUCUGGGCUGUCGUCUCGCUGUGGGCGUUGAUCAGUGCGGCGCUGCCCUUUACUGUCGCGUACUUUUUCAAUCUGAGCUUGCAGGCCGCGCAGGCUGGGUCGCAGGUUCGUCGCGGUCGCGCUGGUGUGCAUGCGAGCUUCGAUCCGUUGAGCUUCUAUAUUGCCAAGGCGGUUAUCACGUAUUUGGUCUACACGGAGCAGUUCACCUUCUGGGGUGCUUAUCAGGGGUUGACGAUUGAUCGGUUGGAGGGGUCUGUUCCUUGGGGAUUGAAUGGGGCGUUGGCGGGGAGUGCUAUUGGAGUGAUUGGGACAUUGUAUGAGGCGAUUCUGAGAAAGUGA